CCACAAACACAGCAUACCUUCGCUAAUAGUAUUCCCUAAUCUCUCUAUAAUGUAAGCAUCAUCGGUAUACAAGCAUCGAAUAAGCUCGGACGGGACUCGGCCCCGACCGCGGGAAAUGGGGUUUCCUCCCAAUUCGGAAAACUCCGAGCCCUAGCUGGAAGCCAACAUCGAUCCGACAUCUAUAUCUUCACGGCCAGUCCAGAUGGAGUCCAUACUACAGAAUCAGCAUCAUGUCCACCGACACCGAAAAAACCGCAGCCAUCCCUUCAGAUGCCCUCAAGCCCCCAUCCUUCCCCGAGGGCGGCUUCAAAGCAUGGAUGGCCGUUCUCGCCUGCUGGUGCGUCAUGUUCAACACCUUUGGCUACAUCAACGCAUUCGGAAUCUACGAGGCAUACUACAAAAACUCCUUUCUCCACCAUGAAAGCGACUCCAACAUCGCCUGGAUCGGCUCCCUCCAAGCCUUCUUCAUGUUCUCCGCCGGCCUCAUCUCCGGCCCUCUCAUGGACCGCUACGGCCCUCGACUCAUCCUCAUCCCCUGCUCCCUCCUCUUCAUCCUCUCCGUCAUGCUCACCAGCCUCUGCACCCAAUACUACCAAUUCCUCCUCGCCCAAGGCAUCCUCGGCGGCCUCACCAACGGCCUCAUCUACACCCCCACCCUCACGGCCGUCAACCAAUACUUCUUCCACCGUCGCCCCCUCGCCAUGGGCAUCGCCUCCUCCGGCUCCUCCCUCGCCGGCAUCCUCUUCCCCAUCGCCCUGAACCGCAUGCUCCACCAAUCCCCCCUCGGCUUCGGCUGGUCCGUCCGCAUCCUCGGCUUCCUCAUGCUCACCCUCAACCUCAUCGCCUGUCUCGCCAUCUCCUCCCCCGCCCCGAAGCGCACAACCGGAUCCCCCUUCUGCCUCGAAGCCUGGCACCACCCCGCCUACGCCUUCCAAAUCGCCGGCCUCUUCCUCAUCAUCUGGGCCCUCUUCGUCCCCUUCUUCUACAUCCCCUCCUACGCCCAAUCCAUCGGCAUCAACACCAACCUCGCCAACUACCUCGUCUCCAUCUCCAACGCCGGUUCCCUGCUGGGGCGUCUCCUCGGCGGUCUCCUCGCCAACCAUAUCGGCCGCUUCAAUACCCUCAUCGGUGCCUCCGCGAUCUGCGGCAUCUUGAUCCUCUCCUGGCUCGCCAUUACUUCCCUGCCGGGGAUGAUCGUCUUCGCUGUCCUGUUUGGGUUCUUCUCCGGUACGACCAUCGGUAUGUUCACCGCGACUAUUGCCAUGACCGCUCCUCGACCGAAUGUUAUCGGUUCGUAUCUGGGGAUGGCGUUGGGGGUGUUGAGUUUGGCGAGUUUGACGGGCACCCCGAUCACCGGGGCGAUGAUUAGUUCGUAUGGGGAUUAUCGGGCCGCGUUGGUAUUUGCGGGCGUUUGUGCGUUGGUGGGCUCGGGGGUCGUGUUUGUGGCGAGGGUGUGUUGGGCGGGGUGGGAGUUGGUUGCGUAG